GUCUCUCUGAGCAGAGAAGAAAAAAACAGACGCCGGAAAAAGCGAGAUAGAUAGAGAGAGCGAAGAAGACCCACCGGAGACGAAACAUCUCAAUCCUAAUCGAAAACAAAGAUGGCCGUCGAGAAAUUUAACACGAGGGUGCAAGGUGUUGAGAUACUGAAGCCACGUACGGACAGUAGAGACUACCGGAUGAUUGUCCUCAAGAACUUGCUCCAGGUCCUGUUGAUCAGCGAUCCUGAUACGGAUAAGUGUGCUGCUUCAAUGAGCGUUAGUGUUGGAUCUUUCUCUGACCCACAAGGGUUAGAAGGACUAGCUCACUUCUUAGAGCAUAUGCUAUUUUAUGCAAGUGAGAAGUAUCCGGAGGAAGAUAGUUACUCCAAGUACAUCACAGAGCAUGGAGGUAGCACAAAUGCGUAUACAGCCUCUGAAGAGACAAACUACCAUUUCGAUGUUAAUGCUGACUGUUUCGUUGAGGCUUUGGACAGAUUUGCUCAGUUCUUUAUCAAACCACUAAUGUCUGCUGAUGCCACCAUGAGAGAGAUUAAGGCUGUUGACUCAGAGAAUCAGAAAAACUUACUCUCUGAUGGUUGGCGAAUGCGACAGUUACAGAAGCAUCUUAGCAAAGAAGACCAUCCGUAUCACAAGUUUAGCACAGGGAACAUGGAUACACUUCAUGUACGACCCCAAGCGAAAGGAGUGGAUACAAGGAGUGAGCUUAUUAAAUUCUAUGAGGAACAUUAUUCUGCCAACAUCAUGCAUCUGGUUGUAUAUGGGAAGGAAAGCCUUGAUAAAAUUCAAGAUCUUGUGGAAGGGAUGUUCCAGGAAAUCCAAAACACCAACAAAGUCGUCCCUAGAUUUCCUGGGCAGCCAUGUACUGAUGACCAUUUGCAGAUUCUCGUGAAGGCUGUUCCUAUAAAGCAAGGACACAAGCUAGGUGUUUCAUGGCCUGUAACGCCUAGCAUUCACCAUUAUGAAGAAGGACCAAGCAAGUACCUUGGCCAUCUCAUUGGCCAUGAGGGAGAAGGGAGUUUGUUUCAUGCCCUAAAAAUCUUGGGUUGGGCGACGGGACUGUCUGCUGGUGAAGGAGAGUGGACUCUAGAUUAUUCUUUCUUCAAGGUUUCGAUUGAUCUUACUGAUGCUGGCCAUGAGCAUAUGCAAGAGAUUUUAGGGUUGCUGUUCAACUACAUUCAGCUAUUACAAAAGACCGGUGUUUGCCAGUGGAUUUUUGAUGAGCUCUCAGCUAUCUGUGAGACGAAAUUUCAUUAUCAAGACAAAACACCACCAAUGUCCUAUAUAGUGGAUAUUGCAUCAAACAUGCAGAUAUAUCCUGCCAAGGAUUGGCUGGUUGGAUCAUCACUGCCUACUAAAUUCAAUCCAGCUACUGUACAAAAGGUUGUCGAUGAGCUUUCUCCUAGUAAUGUUCGAAUUUUAUGGGAAUCACAGAAAUUUGAAGGACAAACUGACAAGGCUGAGCCAUGGUAUAACACUGCCUAUUCUCUUGAGAAGAUAACCACCUCCACCAUUCAGGAAUGGGUUCUGUCUGCCCCUGAUGUAAAUCUUCAUUUACCAGCGCCUAAUGUCUUUAUUCCUACGGAUUUUUCAUUAAAGGAUGCGAAAGAAAAGGAAACCAUUCCAGUUCUGUUAAGAAAGUCACCAUUCUCAAGAUUGUGGUACAAGCCAGAUACAAUGUUCUCGAAACCAAAGGCAUAUGUUAAGAUGGAUUUCAACUGCCCACUUGCAGUCAGCUCUCCUGAUGCAGCAGUUCUUACUGAUAUUUUUACACGGUUGUUGAUGGACUAUUUGAAUGAAUACGCUUAUUAUGCACAAGUUGCUGGUCUUUACUAUGGAGUGAGCCUUUCGGACAAUGGUUUCGAGUUGACCCUUCUUGGUUAUGAUCACAAAUUGAGGAUAUUGUUGGAAACUGUUGUUGCAAAGAUAGCAAAUUUUGAAGUAAAACCUGACCGAUUUGCUGUUAUCAAGGAAACUGUCACAAAGGAGUAUCAAAAUUACAAAUUUCGACAGCCAUAUCACCAAGCAAUGUAUUACUGCUCACUGAUAUUACAAGAUCAAACCUGGCCUUGGACAGAGGAACUGGAUGUCCUCUCUCAUAUGGAAGCUGAAGACGUAGCUAAGUUUGUUCCAAUGUUGUUAUCAAGGACAUUUAUUGAGUGUUAUAUAGCAGGUAAUGUGGAGAAUAAGGAAGCUGAGUCAAUGGUCAAUCAUAUUGAAGAUGUUCUUUUUAAUGAACCAAAACCGAUUUGCCGACCUUUGUUCCCAUCCCAGCACCUCACUAACAGGGUUGUCAAGCUCGAAAAUGGAAUGAAGUAUUUCUACCACCAAGAUGGCUCAAACCCCAGUGAUGAAAAUUCUGCGCUAGUGCACUAUAUUCAGGUUCAUAGAGAUGACUUUGCCAUGAAUAUUAAACUUCAGCUAUUUGGUCUUGUUGCUAAGCAAGCCACCUUUCAUCAACUUAGAACAGUCGAGCAACUUGGUUAUAUCACUGCACUUGCUCAGAGGAACGAUUCUGGCAUCUAUGGUGUACAGUUCAUUAUCCAGUCGUCAGUUAAGGGUCCUGGACAUAUUGAUUCGAGGGUGGAGUCAUUACUGAAGAACUUUGAGAGUAAACUUUACGAGAUGACUGAUGAGGAUUUCAAGAGCAAUGUAACAGCUCUAAUAGACAUGAAGCUUGAAAAACACAAGAACUUGAAGGAGGAAUCCCGGUUUUACUGGCGAGAGAUUCAAAGUGGAACACUCAAAUUUAACCGUAAAGAGGCAGAGGUCGCUGCGCUGAAGCAGCUUCAGAAGCAAGAGUUGAUAGAUUUCUUCAAUGAAUACAUAAAGGUUGGAGCAGAAAAGAAGAAAUCGCUGAGCAUAAGAGUAUACGGGAGCCAGCAUUUGAAGGAAAUGGCAAGUGACAAAAACGAAGUCCCAUCACCAUCUGUCGAAAUCGAAGACAUUGUUGGUUUCAGAAAGUCUCAACCUCUUCAUGGGUCGUUCAGGGGAUGCGGACAACCCAAACUGUGAGGGCUGAUGCAAAUCAUUUUUUUGCUUGAACAACAAGUGAAUAGAUUAUUACGUUUGUGACGUUUAAGGAAUAAUAAAAUACUUGUGUGAAAAACCUUAAACAGAAAUAAUUCAUGUAUUAUUCAAAAAGUAGAGAAAAAAAAGUUAUGCAUAUUCUUCGAGAA